CUUGUUGGGGGCUGCCGGUGGGGAAGGCCUCCAGGCCCUGGACUGUUUUGGGUACAGCUGUUCCCGUUCACAAACCUAGGAAGUCCAAGGAGAGAAAACCUAUCCUGCCCACUCCAUCCACGUGAUUCUUUCAUCUCCCUCUGGGGAGGGGGAUCAUGUAGGGCGGGUCUGGAGAGCUGGGCUACAUCAUUCUGGCCUGUGCACCCCUCCCUUUCUCCGUCCAUUGGGAGGCAGAAGACAGGAAAUGACUGCCAUGGAUGUGGUAUGAUUUUUACCGAAACAGCAUUUUGUAGCCCAGGCCCCAUGCUGCCCACAGCUGUUUUCCUCUCUGAUUCCAGCCAGGUGGCCCUCUGUUUCAUGCUCCCCUCCUCACCCCUCCACAUAACUUCAGCCUUUUGAUUCUCAGCUCCUGGCUGCUUUCCACAUUCCAAUCCCCUUUCAGAACCCAGGCAUCCCGGCCUCCAGAUGAAACAGCUGCAUGUGGCUCCCCCCCACCCCCUUCCCUGGCCCCGUGACUCAGGCCCUCUGAAGGGACCAGCCCGCUUCUUGGCAUUCACGGGGAUAGAGGGGGGGCCGGGGGAGGGGGGCUACGUGGUGACAUCAUAGUUGAAGGGUAUAAAAGCUUCGAGCCAAAAGAGAAUUGAAAUUGAAGAGAAGACACUGACAAAACCUGACUGCGCAGCCUGUGCGCCUGGGGGCUCAGCCUCAGACCCAAAGACAUCUGCUUGAAGAUUUGAGCGGCCGCAAGACCCACCCACCGGCCCCAUGCUGGGCUCUCCCUGUCUUCUGUGGCUCCUGGCUGUCACCUUCUCCUUGGUUCCCAGAACGCAGUCCUUGGCCCCUCAAGACCUUAAGGAAGAGGACAAAGAUGAGACACCCCGGCCACGGCCUCCUUUGCGGGCCGUCCCCUGUGACUAUGACCAUUGCCGUCACCUGCAGGUGCCGUGCAAGGAGCUGCAGAGGGCUGGACCCAGGGCCUGCCUGUGCCCUGGGCUCUCCAGCCCCACGCAGCCGCCGGACCCUCCGCGCCUGGGAGAGGUGCACGUGGUGGCCGAGGAUGGCAGCGCAGUGGUGCACUGGUGCGCCCCCUUCUCUCCGGUCCACCAAUACUGGCUGCUGCUAUGGGAGGGCAACGAGGCUCCCCAGAAGGGUCCCCCCCUCAACUCUACUGUCCGCAGAGCAGAACUGAAGGGCCUGAAGUCCGGGGGCGCUUACGUCGUUUGCGUGGUGGCUGCAAAUGGGGCUGGAGAAAGCAGCUUGCCGCAGGCAGGAGGGGAGGGCCUCGAGGAGGUGGGUGGCCCUCCCUUCGGGCCCUGCAGGAGGCUGGCCGUGCCCCCCAGACCGCUUACCCUGGUCCACGUGGCUAUCGGGGUGGGCACAGUGCUGGCCCUGCUGAGCUGCUCUGCUCUGGUCUGGCAUUUCUGCCUGCGAGAGCGCUGGGGCUGCCCCCGCCGCCGGGUGACCUCCCGACCCACAGCAGGGCUCUGAAGCAGCCUGGGGGCCUCUCAGGCCCAGCGGAGCCCAGGCUUAGGGAGCAGAGCUCGGCCUGGGCUCCCUGGGAGGAGGCGGUUCCCACUGCUGCCCUGAGCAGCCUGGACAGCAGAGUCGGUGGCCAGGCACUCGGGCCCCAGCUGAGUCUCAGUGCUCAACCUGAGAGCUUGUUCAGGUCCCAGACUUUCUGUCCUGCUCCAGGCCGAGGUUUGGAACGGAGCAGAAGGCAUUGGGAACUUUUUACUUAAAGGACCAGAUAGUAAAUGAUUUAGGCUUUGCAGGUCCAGAGGACCAAAGCAAAGGUAUUGCAUAGGUACUUCCUUAGCCGUGCGACAGUGUAAAAAUGGAGAAACUAUUCUUAGCUCAUGGGUCUGAGGAAUCAGGCCCCGGCCCACAUUAGACCUGUUGGCUGUAGUUAGCCAAUCGCAACCCCUGUCAUACAUCCUCAAAAGGGCUCUGGCGCACUGGUGGCCUCAAUGGGAUUUUGAGAACAAGCUGCUGCAGGAUGGGAGUUUGGGGCAAGGCUAUUCCCCCUGUUGCCUUUUGUUUAGAUAUCAAAGAUGGGCACACCGGGGUCAGAAUUCACCUGUGUCUGAAGUGGGUGAAAGUGAAUGGCUGACACGGGAUGGAAAGAGGGACCUGCCUGAGCUGUUGUCUGGGACCCCCAAAUCCAAGGGAUGUCCCCCAUUUCCCCUCAAUUUGUGUUUAUUGCACAUCCACUGUACCAACAUUAAAGGAUAUGUUAAAGGAAGACA